AAUUAUUGAUACCAUAUCUUAUCAAUCAUUUUCAAAUUUAAGGAGAAAUAAAUAUUCAUCCCCCAUCAUGUUUUUUUAGUCUUCUUAAAUUUAUUUUUCGUUUUUAACGUAUGUACGUAUGUACAUAUUAAGUGUACGAGUACUAUAUUUCACAUUGCGCAAGCUAAACUUCUCAAAAUUCACUUAAUUCUAAAAUUUGCUAUGGAGUAAUAAUUUCACAGUAACAUAUACAAAGUGUGUAAAUUUAAUUAGACCUAAUAAUAACUCUAAAAUUUAAAAGGAACAGAACAGACCCUAACAAAAAAAUAUAUACACCUUCUCUACAAGUUAAACUAGUUAGCAAGUUGAUGAUGAAUGGGUAAAAUUUACAAAAUCAAAUAAAUAAAACCAAAAAAAAAAAGGACCCAUUAAAAUUACAUUAGCACACUUGCCAUUAUAAUAAUGCCUACGCCAUGUCAUACACAUAAACCCCACUUGUCUGAGUCCCUGGAAAUAAAUUUAUAUAUAAAGGAGUUGAGUUUGCACAAAUGUCACCACCACAGAAGUUGAUCAACUAACCUCCAUUCACCCCCAAAAAAAAAGGAUCGAUGCCACUAAAAAUAGUAGCUGAGGAGUCACCAACAAAGCAUAAUAUGAAUAUGAAUAUGGAAGUGAAAAUAAGAGAAUUCGAUCAAGAAAUAGAGAAUGAAAAGGUGGAGGAUUUGGAGAGACAAUGUGAGUUUGGAGGCCAACAGCAAGGCCAGCCUUCUCUCAUCACUCACCUCUUGGGUGAUCCUUUUGGAAGAAUACGCCAUUUUCCUACUCGCAUCAUGAUGGUUGCAGAUUAUGGAGGAGACAUUGUUGGGGUGAUAAGAGGAGGUAUAAAACCCGUUACAAGAGGAAAGAAGGUUGUUGAUGAUGAUAAUCUUCCUGUUUAUGUCAAGCUAGCUUAUAUUUUGGGCUUACGAGUCUCUCCCAUGCACAGAAAAAAGGGUAUUGCUUCAAAGUUGAUUAAGAAGUUGGAGGAAUGGUGCAAAGAAAAAGGAGCUGAAUAUGUUUAUAUGAUGACUGAUUGUGCUAAUGAAGCCUCAAUCAACUUGUUCACCUACAAGUUUAACUACUCUAAAUUUUGCAACCCAACCGUAUUGGUGCAACCAGUACAUGCACAUCAGAAACCAGUAACCUCCAGCCUUGCUAUUGUCCAAGUACCACCACUAGUAGCUGCAUCUAUGUAUCGAAAAAUCUUCUCCAACUCGGAGUUCUUCCCUAAGGAUAUAGAGUCAGUAUUAUCAAGCAAACUUCACUUAGGAACCUUCAUUGGGAUGCCGAAGAGGUACCUACAAAAAUGGGAUCCUCAAAAGAAGCUUCCACCUUGCUUUGCUAUUAUGAGUGUGUGGAACACUAAGGAAGUUUACCAAUUACAACUAAAAGGUGUGUCUAAGUUAACAAAGGCUUGUUGUCUAGGGAGUAGGGUUUUGGAUGCUCAUAUGCCUUGGCUUAGGGUGCCUUCUAUACCAAACAUGUUUAGGCCUUUUGGCUUCUAUUUCUUGUAUGGCCUACACAUGGAAGGGAAGGGGUCUCUAAAAUUGAUGAAAAGUCUAUGCAACUUUGCACACAACAUGGCUAGGGAUGACGUGGCAUGUGCAGCCGUUGUUGCUGAGGUGGCACAGUGGGACCCAGUUAGCGAGGCUAUCCCACAUUGGAAGAGGUUUUCAUGGAGUGAGGACUUGUGGUGUAUGAAAAAGCUCCCAAAUAAAGAAGGGGGAAACAAUUCCCAGCCUUUAGAUUGGGUUACUUCUCCAUCCUCCGCAUCAACACUUUUCGUUGAUCCGCGAGAUUUUUGAUUGCUUCCUAACCCUACCUCGUCCCACCCCACCUACCUCAAAAAAAAGUUCUUGUACGAGUAGUUAGCUAGAUAUGAUAUGCCCACUGGCCUGCAUGAGAGCAAGGCGUGAAUGUAAAUAGUGCAUAUGCUAUGUAUUGGUGUUCCAAAGUGUGGAAGUAAAUAAUGCAAUUUUCGCA